CGCUCGCGCCGUCGUUAGCCGAGCGCUUGCCGGUGCGCGCUUUCAUCGCCCCUCAGGCAGCGGGGCGGGCGCGACCCUGCUCCGCGCUCGCGGCCCGGGCGAGGAGCGUACCACCGUUCGGCGGAGCGCGGGGGGAGCCGGCCGCCCUGCCGCCCGCGCCUCGGCGACCCCGCGGGGCUGAGGCGACGCCGCACCCGGCAGCCUGAACGCACUGCCGGCCUUGACCCAGAGCUCCGAACCGCGAGCGCCCGCCGCGCCCUCCGCGGGCCCCACCCAUCCGGGCAGCGGCCAUGGCCGAGACCGAGGAGCGGAGCCUGGAUAACUUCUUCGCCAAGAGGGACAAGAAGAAGAAGAAGGAGCGGAGCAGUCGGGCGGCCAACGCGGCGAGCGGCGCGGGCGGGAGCAGCUUGGCGGCGGGUGCCAGGCCCGGCGACGGCGGGAGCUCGGGCUCCGGUGCCAGGUCGGGCGACGGCGGGAGCUCUGGUUCCGGUGCCAGGUCGGGCGACGGCGGGAGCUCGGGCUCUGGUGCCAGGUCGGGCGACGGCGGAAUCUCGAGGCCGGGAGACGGCGGGAGCGCGGGACCCGCCGGCAAGGCCGUAACGAAGGAUGAAGAUGAGUGGAAAGAAUUUGAGCAAAAAGAGGUUGAUUACAGCGGACUAAGAGUUCAGGCAAUGCAAAUAAGUGAAAAGGAAGACGAUGAUAAUGAAAAGAGAGAAGAUCCGGGCGACAGCUGGGAGGAAGGUGGAGCUGGCAGUGGAGGAGAAAAGUCUUCAGGCCCCUGGAACAAAACAGCCCCGGCACAAGCACCUCCCACUCCAGUCCUAGUUACAGAAACCCCGGAGCCGGCAAUGCCUAGUGGUGUAUACAGGCCUCCUGGGGCAAGGCUAACCACGACAAGGAAAACGCCACAAGGUCCACCAGAAAUAUACAGCGACACACAGUUCCCAUCCCUGCAGUCCACUGCCAAGCAUGUAGAGAGCCGGAAGGAUAAAGAAAUGGAGAAGAGCUUUGAAGUAGUAAGACACAAAAAUAGAGGUAGGGAGGAGGUUUCAAAAAACCAGGCCCUUAAACUUCAGCUAGACAACCAGUAUGCUGUGCUUGAAAAUCAGAAGUACAGCCACACACAGUACAGUUAAGGAAUGGUCUUUGCUAAGCCUUCCAAGAAAGGUAACUAGACCACAGCUAACCACCAAGGACAGCCAUUCAGCGUUUUUGAUUUCUGGAUCUACAUUGACUGACUGAAGACCUCGAUUCCGGUGACUGUGCCUGUUGCACUAUGGAAUUUUCAAGAGUCACGACUGAUCUUGAUGUGUGUUGGAUUUAGGGGUGUUGUCAUUGUCUUAAAUAUUUGUGAAUUAGAUUCAGCAGUGUUUUCCAUAGUUGCUCUGCGUUUAAAACCAAACCUGCAGCCAGUGGUCAUUUCAGACAUCGUUAUGUUCAGAUACUGAGCCUUCACAAGGCUGACUACCUCAGAUUUGCUGCACUUCAUUGCGGAUUUCAUGUGGAUCCCAACUUCUACAUAAGGUUACAGCUAGUAGUGUCUGUGUGAACCUCGGAACCAACUCUACUGGAUUCCUGUCAGAGAGCCUUCAGAAGUCAGCCAUCUGGGUUCUGAUCUGCUGUAAAAGAUGGAGUUAAGUGACCUUAGUUAACCUGUUCAGUGCCCCAUCCUAAGGAGUACUCUGUAGGCUGUGGCUAUAUUAGACUUCUGGAACAAGCUGUUGUCAGAAAUGAUAUGUUUGGAUCAUCUGUGUGGGGCUAUGAUUUAUAACAAGUUUUUAGUUGUAGUAUGAAGUAACUACAGAUUUGAUUCAACCAAACUUGGGUCCACCAAAUGGGGAAUGUGGGGGGGGGGGUCUUGUUUCUUUGAGUACUUUUUUAUUCAGAUAGUGCUUGUUCUGUUCCACAUUAAGGCCUUGCUUUGACUUGGAGUAAGUUCUUUGACAGCAUAUUGUGUGGUGGAAUAGCUGAAAUGAGACAUUGAAGUGUGAAAUGCCCUGUGGAUUUGCCAGUCCGUAGGUGGAACCAGGUAGCCUUGGUGUGAAGGGCAGCCGAUGCCACAGGUGAUGCUCAAGCCUCUUAAUCAGGUCUAAAUUGCAGUGCUGUGGGUGGAAUGUGGUGUCUGCUCAGGUGGGAAGGAGUUCACUGACCUGUCUUAACAGUUCAAAGCAGCAGGAGCAAAACCUCACCCAAAGUGGUUCUUGCAUGGUGUCUGAUAAAUUGUGUGUGCCCCAGAUUUGAAGGUAUUGGUGUUCUGUAGAUGCAUCCGUUGUUCCACCCAGCUCUGUUCACAUUGGGAGUAUGUUUGUGGUGUUCACUUGAAGAGGCAGGGGAAUAGCUAGCAAUGUAGCACUUCUGUUGUUAGUAGUUACAAUUUAACUUCCCAGUAACACUCGGCCCUUAAAGAAGUGACUCUGCUAAGUUAGUUUCCACUCAGUCAAAUAGUCUGGCAGUUGCCUACUUUAAAGUCAUUAGAAAUGGUUCAGUGCAGAUACUCUAAUAUUGGCAUAUAUGAUGCCUGGUUUUCUCUAUGUAAAUGAAUCACUUUGCCAAAUACAUUUCAGACCUGCUCACUACUGACAGGUGAAACAGGUAAUGAGGGAAGCUCUCCUGGCUUGAGAACAUGUCUUGCAGUUUAGUGGGUGAGUGCAGCAGCGUGGGGAGCGGGAGGUGUAGUGUAGCCUAGUGUCUGCUGGGCAGUCAUGUUGGCAUGAUCUGAGCCAGUCCUGAGGAGGUUGGGUGACUAGAAAUUUGAGAUUCUUGGUUAAACUGGAAACUUAUUUGGGCACCAGAAACCUUAACAAGUAAUCUCACACAUUGAGCCACGUACUUAAAGUAUACUUUACCCCACCUACACACACGUGCACACACCACCACAUUCUGUUAGGGGUUAUAGUUUAAGAAGUGAACUGAGACAGAUGUGAAGGUUUGUUUAAUGGCAUACUGUACUGGAACACUGAAGACCUGCAGCAGAUGUAAA